AUGCUGAGCCGUUUCAUGAGUGGCAGCAUCAGGAAUCUGGAACGAGAAUACAACUGUACGGUGAGGCUGCUGGAUGACUCGGAGUACACCUGCACGAUCCAGCGCGAUGCAAAGGGACAGUACCUGUUUGAUCUCAUCUGUCACCACCUUAACCUGCUGGAGAAGGACUACUUUGGCAUCAGAUAUGUGGACCCAGACAAACAGAGGCAUUGGUUGGGUUUUACAAAAUGUAUUGCCAAACAAAUUAAAUCCCAGCCUCCAUUCACCAUGUGUUUACGUGUCAAGUUUUACCCUCCCGACCCAGCUGCCCUGAAAGAGGAAAUCACAAGAUAUCUAGUCUUCCUACAGAUCAAGAGAGAUCUGUACCAUGGUCGUCUCCUGUGUAAGACGUCGGAUGCUGCCAUGUUGGCUGCCUACAUACUACAAGCUGAGGUUGGUGACUAUGAUCCUGGAAAGCAUCCUGAGGGCUACAGCUCUAAGUUCCAGUUCUUCCCUAAACACUCAGAGAAGCUGGAGAGACGCAUCUCUGACAUCCACAAGACAGAACUAAUAGGACAGACUCCAGAAGAGUCAGAGCUGAACUUCCUGCAGAAGGCCCAGGAGCUGGAGACGUAUGGUGUGGACCCUCACCCCUGCAAGGAUGUGUCAGGGAACCCUGCCUUCCUGGCCUUCACUCCGUUUGGCUUCACUGUCCUGCAGGGGAACAGGAGAGUCCAUUUCCUCAAGUGGGACGAGGUGACAAAGCUGAAGUUUGAGGCAAAGACAUUCCAUAUAUAUGCAAAUCAGAAAGAGGACAAGAAGAUCAUCUUGACAUAUUUUGCACCUACACCUGAGGCCUGUAAACACCUGUGGAAGUGUGGAGUUGAGAAUCAGGCUUUCUACAAGUUGGACAAGUCCAGCCAGGUCAGAACGGUGUCCAGCAGUAAUCUGUUCUUCAAAGGAAGUAGAUUCAGAUACAGUGGCAGGGUUGCUAAGGAAGUGAUGGAGCAAAGUGCCAAAAUAAAACGGGAACCUCCAGAGAUUCACAGGUGA